UACUGUAGCCACGCUGUCAUUGUCUCGCUUUGUGAAACACUACGGAUGCAAGACUGUUGCUGAGUGAACGAGUUCAGAAAUAAUCCCAUCAUCAAAAGGGAGGCAAGAGAUAAAACUCUGCCAUUUACUGUAACAUUUAAAUGGAUGUGAAAGAAGAACCGUGUGAGGCUGACCUGAAUAUCAUGGAGGAGAGGACUGUAAAUGUUAAGGAGGAGGACUGUGAGUGGGAGAGUGUCCACCCCAAACAGGAGAGUCUGGACAUUAAGGAAGAGGACAGUGAACUAGAGUCAGUAAAUAUUAAAGAGCAGGAUGAAGAGGAGUAUGUCAGCACUGAGGUGGCCAGCUAUAGGAGUAUGGAGAGUGUCAAGGAAGAUGACCUUCAUUAUGGAGAUCAAGGUGGAGCAGUCACCCAGUUAGUCUCUUCUCAUAGCAGACACUCUUCAUCUUCAGAGUCUUCUAUCAAUGUAAAAUAUGAAUCAUUACAGUCUGACAGAAAGACGACUGAAAAAAUGUCAUCUCCAAGAACCAAGGAAGCUCAACCACCAACUAAGAUGUCAUCUAAAACAAGAAUCAAACUUCACUGCUGUUCUGAAUGUGACAAAACGUUUACACAGAGAGUCCAUCUUCAGAUCCACCAAAGAAUCCACACAGGGGAGAAGCCGUAUGACUGUUCUGAAUGUGGCAAACAGUUUUCACAGAGAAGCCGUCUUCAGUGCCACCAAAGAAUUCACACAGGACAGAAGCCGUAUGACUGUUCUGAAUGUGGCAGACAGUUUUCACAGAGAAGCUAUCUUCAGAGCCACCAAAGAAUUCACACAGGGGAGAAGCCGUAUUGCUGCUCUGAAUGUGGAAAACAAUUCUCUUAUAAUAGUAAUUUUCAGAUACACAUUAAAACUCACUCAGGAGAGAAGCCGUAUUGCUGCUCUGAAUGUGGCAAAGAGUUUUCACAGAGAAGCUAUCUUAAAAGUCACCAAAGAAUUCACACAGAACAGAAGCCAUAUUGCUGUUCUGAAUGUGGAAAAAGGUUUUCACAGAGAAGCUAUCUUCUGAAGCAUCAAAGAAUUCACACAAGAGAGAACAAAAUGAAAAUGACAGAAACUCCCUCACCUUGCCCACAGAUGAACACAGUACAAUGCUAAGCAACAGAAGAAAGAAUUCAAAAAGUUUGAUGAAAACAAAAAAGAUGUAAUUGGGGAAACUCCAAGUAAAGUGGUAAAUACACUGCCCUCCUGUUGUGAUGUGAGAUUUUGAAUAUAACUUGAUAAAUGUUUUGUAUGUCUUUAUUUAUAAUUUAGGCA